GUCUGUGGGUCUGUUGGAUGCCGAUGUGUUUGGUCCAUCGAUUCCCAAACUUAUGAACCUGAAAGGAAACCCAGAGCUCAGUGACAAUCUUUCAGAUAAUCGGAUGAUCCCCCUGACCAACUAUGGGGUUCCUUGCAUGUCUAUGGGUUUUCUGGUUGAUGAUGUGGCUCCGAUAGUGUGGCGGGGGCUCAUGGUGAUGUCUGGUAUAGAGAAACUGCUCAGACAGGUGGACUGGGGGUCGUUGGACUAUUUGGUAGUGGACAUGCCUCCUGGGACUGGAGACGUCCAGCUGUCGAUCACCCAGAACAUCCCCAUAGCAGGUGCGGUUAUUGUGUCCACGCCGCAGGACAUCGCUCUGCUGGAUGCUCGCAGAGGAGCCGAGAUGUUUAAGAAAGUGAACGUGCCGGUUCUGGGUCUGGUUCAGAACAUGAGCGUCUUCCAGUGCCCCAAAUGCAAUCAUGAGACCCACAUCUUCGGCUCUGAUGGGGCCCGACAGCUUGCAGACACUUUGGGAGUCACAUUUUUAGGUGACAUCCCUCUUCACAUAACCAUCAGAGAGACAUCAGACAGAGGACAGCCAGUGGUCAUCUCUUCUCCCAACAGCCCUGAGGCAGCAGCAUACAGGAAGGUGGCGUCUGCUGUGGUCCAGAGACUACAGAAAGUCAGCUGACAGACGGCUUCAAGAUGAAGUCAGCCGGUGACGCAUGAAGACAUUGAAUGACACGUAUACAGAACACAGACUGACGCACAAAGUCAUCUGCUGUCCAAAACGCACAAAAGAAUGUCGAUUCUUGCCCAUGUUGUAACAGUAUUUUUAUUGUGUGUCCAUGUAGUUCUCUGACAGCAUUUCAUAAAACGGUCAGCUACACAACCCUAGUCUUAACCCUUUCUGAUCUGCUUGCAUGCUGCUGGCCAUAAAUGGCAGCACAUUAGCUGGAUGCCAGUACAGUAAAGACAGUAAUAUAAUAAUUCCUUUGUCUUGUUUUCCUUUUCUUUUCCUGCGGACAAAAGUGUUGAAUAUUAUUGUGUUAGAUAAUUGUCUGCAUCAUGAUAUACACAGUGAUUUAACAGUCAAUUUGAGUUUGUUUUUCUGGUGUGUUUUUGUCAUUUUAGUGAGAAAUCAAAGUAAUAAAAGCAUCAAGGAUUUUUGCCUCUA